AGUGUCUCAUAUAGUUGUGUUCAUUUCUUUUUUUUUUUGUCUUCUCCUGUGUUAGCUCGCGGUGUUUUAUUGUUUCUUGUUUCUCCCUCCCUUCAUUCCCCUUUCUAAGCUAAGCUUAUUCCCGAAGCCUAGUCGAUCAGCCACAGACGCAAAGCAGUCGCAGACGCACGGAGCCUCGCUCUCUCCGCAUCCGUCCCAACCUGUUUGUGUGUCGUCACUCAUCUCACAAUACCAAAAAGAAAGCUUUAAGAAAAAGAAAAAAAAAGAAAGCAUGUCGAAGGUGACCUCCAACGCUGCCGCCUCUGGUGGUGAGGUGAUCGGCCGCGACGGUGACCCGACGGUGCGCAAAGCCAACGCGCAGAAGCUGAAGGCCGGCUACACAAAGAAGAAGCGCUUCUUCGAGUGCUGCUAUCUUUCGGCCUCGACGCUCCUGUGGUGCAGCAACGUCAUCUCGUGCGGGCGCUACUUCGUCUUUGCCUCCGAUGCGAACCUCAUGCAGCUUGUCUGGAUGCCGCUGUUUAUCAUCGGUGCGAUGUGCCUGGCGGAUAUGGUGUCGGGCCUGGCGCACUGGGGCCUCGACACGUGGGGGACACCCGACACGCCGGUCUUUGGCAGCUUCAUUCGCAGUUUCCGCGAGCACCACGUGGACCAAACCGCCAUGUGCAAGCACGACUUCAUCGAAACGAACGCGGAUACCACGCUGCCGCUGCUGCCCGUGCUGCUGCUUCAGUACCUGCGCAUCUGGGCGAACAACACCAGCGGCAACGGCUACGUGGCGAACCUGCACGUGUCGAACAUCGGCCUGCACGUCUUCCUUUGCACCUUCUUCGUUCUCGUCGCCAUCACGAACGAGAUCCACAAGUGGUCGCACCAGGCGAAGCAGUCCUUCCUGGUGCGUAAGGCGAUGGGCUACGGCAUCCUGCUCUCGCCGAUCGCGCACCGCAAGCACCACAAGGACCCCUUUGACCGCAGCUACUGCAUCACGACCGGCUGGCUGAACCCGCUGCUUGACUCCACCAACUUUUGGCGCCACAUGGAGUCCCUGGUGACCGCACUGACGGGGGCGAUUCCGCGCGCGAAUGAUCAGACGAUGCUGGGCAAGUAA